CCAGAAUGCACAGUUUCCUCUGAAUCCGCCAUAUUGCCUUGGUCCAAACGCGCCGCUGGAUCUGCUCGUCUCAAAACUGAAAAUAGGCAGAGAUGACCCAGACGGUACAGACCAACGGGGUGCAGCCCCUCAGUAAAACCUGGGAGCUGAGCCUCUACGAGCUGCAGAGAACUCCUCAGGAGGCCAUCACAGACGGGCUGGAGAUCGCCGUGUCCCCGCGCUCGCUCCACAGUGAGCUCAUGUGUCCCAUCUGCCUGGACAUGCUCAAGAACACCAUGACCACCAAAGAAUGUCUGCACCGCUUCUGCGCCGACUGCAUCAUCACAGCGCUGCGCUCCGGAAACAAAGAGUGUCCAACCUGUCGUAAAAAGCUGGUGUCAAAGCGGUCGCUGCGUCCAGACCCAAACUUUGACGCUCUCAUCAGUAAGAUCUACCCCAGCCGUGACGAGUACGAGGCUCACCAGGAGAGGGUCCUGGCCCGCAUCAGCAAACACAACAACCAGCAGGCCCUGUCCCACAGCAUAGAGGAGGGGCUCAAGAUCCAAGCUAUGACCAGACUGCAGCGCGGGAAGAGACACACGGUGGAGAACGGCAGUGGAGCAGAGGACAACGGAGACUCCUCCCACUGUAGCAACGCAUCCGUCCACAGCAACCAGGAGGCUGGUCCCAGUAUUAAGCGCACAAAGACGAGUGACGACAGCGGUCUGGACAUGGACAACGCGGCAGAGAACGGAGGAGCAGACUCGGCCAUGGACGGAGGAGCCAGUGAGAUCGAGCUGGUGUUCAGGCCCCACCCCACCCUCAUGGAGAAGGACGACGCUCACAACAGUGUGGAGUUUGUGCCUCGCUACAUAAAGACGUCUGGGAACGCCACAGUGGACCACCUGUCCAAGUACCUGGCCGUGCGUCUGGCUCUGGAGGAGCUGCGGAGAAACUCAGAGGCCAGUCCUGUGAACGUGGAGGCGGCGUCAGAGAAGCAGUACACCAUCUACAUCCCCACAGCUGGAAACCAGUUCACCGUCCUCAAUGGCUCCUUCUCUCUGGAGCUGGUCAGUGAAAAGUACUGGAAGGUCAACAAGCCCAUGGAGCUCUACUUCGCCCCCACCAAAGAACACAAGUAGACCCUGUCCCCCUCCUCCUCCCCUUUCCCCCCCUUCUGAGGAUCCCACUCCCACACUGACAGCCGGUUACUAACAGAGCAGGGCGGACUGGAACGCACACACACACUCACACACGCACGCACCGCAAGCCAGGCCCGCGCGCGUGUGUGUCUGCGGGAGAGGAGUGAACUUUGACCCCCUCCAUGGACUUCUGUAAAAAAGACAAACUGUUUUAUAUCCUGUAUCUUGUGUCUCUUCUUGGGUCUUUCUGUCUGUAGGAGGUAGCAGAUCAAUUCAGCAAAUCGUCUCCCGAGUCUGUGCAAACGCGUCGGACGGACAGCAGGGGGCCUCAUUCGCCAAGACGCACCGAGGUUUAAAUGUGUAACAAGACGACUGGUAUUUUUGGAAGUCUUGUGUUUCUGUUGAUACUUUGCAGCGAUGUCACGUUGGGGGUGUUCUAUGUGCGUCUUUACGCCAGACACACAACGCAAACAUCAGCAAACAAUAAAAGUUUUAAGAUGGUCAAGAAAAAAAUCUAAAUGGAUUUAAAGAGCACAUUUUCAGGAGCGUUUAUGAUCAUGUUUAGGAGUUUGAUUUUCAACAAAAAGAGUGAAACUGAAAAACUGUGUGAUUGUAACUGUAUGUGUGGGAGACUUGUUUAACAGCACAAAUCAGCUCUUCUGUUGUCGUUUUUUCUGGUCAGAUUGUGUUAAAAGUAAAGUCUAACUUGAGUAACAAAGCUUCAGACAGAGCAGAGCCUCCGGUUAGCUUCACACCCCCAGGGAAAUUUGAUGACGUCAGCUGCAAAGUAUCGAUUUGUUUUUAAUCUGAGAUGCAAUGGAAGCAAGAUGAGAACCCGAAACGUUGUAUUUUCAUCAGAUGUGCAUAAAAGGUGCGCUGUGUUACUCUUUUUGGGCAAAAUAUCUGCUUGUCUAGAAUGUUCCACACAAGUUACAGGUCGGAUCUGUGGAGUAAAACUGUUUUUUUUAAAUAUAGUCAAUUAAAACAGCUCUUAAAGUCUAAUGCCAUACUGUUGAAUAUUUUAGACAAAGCAAUAAAAUCUUUAGAAACAAGAUGGGAGACACGCCACCUGAAAAGUUACAUAGCGCACCUUUAACUCACACGUUUAAAGUUGUACAAGUUGUUAUUUGUCUUAGGACUGCCAAAUUUGCCGUCUGUAGUGCUUUCGGUUUAUUUUUGUUUGUUUUUUAAUACCACAAAAAGCUAAAAUAAGCAGUAAUAGUUGAUUUACAUCAGGUAUACCAGCUUUUUCUAUAAAACUGAUAAGGGAUGCACCGAUUUUUGAGAAAAUUUUGCUGGAUUUGGUAUUGGUAUUGACAAAAUUUCAGUUUAACCGGUAUCCUGGUUGUGCCUUUUAUUUCCAGGUCCAGAACGUCUCAUUUUAUUUGAACCUUUUUUCACUCAAAGCUGUUAAAAAAGUUGCUGGAUAAAAUAUUAACACUUGGAUCAGUUAUGUAAUAAGUGAUCUGUGUUUUUUGAGGAAAAAGGUCGUUCUCUGUCCCUACACUGGCGUCUGGCAUCAGCAGAUAUUUAAAGUAUCGAUAUCGGAACUGAAAAAGCUGGAUCGGUGCAUCCCUAGAACGUAAUUUUUACAUGAAACUUCAAUCCAGGGAGUAUUCUGAUUGGACAAGAAUUCCUCUGUAACGGUUUAUCAUCCAAUCAGAUAUCGGCAUGUCUUUUCUCUCUCUGAAAUGUGGAUGAAUUUGUACGUUUUUUGUUUCGACUAGGCAGCUCUGUUACGUAAAAAGAAAACGGAAAGCGCUUUUUCGUUUAACUUUACAGUGGAAGACUUUGGAUGUGAUUAUGGUAUUGAGGCCUUAUUUCCAGUACGGACAUUUGCUCCGAUGCUCUUGGUGAGUGAUGUUUCCCAUGUUCCGAUGCUAUGUAAAAAUCCUCUAUUUGUUUAUAUCACUACGGGCCUCUUUAGACUGUGCAGCUUUGGGGUACAUGUAUUUUUGAAGUCAUCAGUACUUUUGCUUUUGGUUGAAAAUGAAAACUGUGACAUAAAGUGGUUAGAUACCUGAGCAUUGGACAAAGUUGUACUCCGAAUGAUUCAAAUGCUCCCAUAAACCAUUUUUAUCUAAA